AUGUCAGAGAUAUUAAGAGCAAAACCACUUGAUCCUGCGCGUUGGGAAGAGCAUAGGGAGACAAUCUCUAAGCUCUAUGAAAACAAUGGGCUCAAAAAGGUGAUGAGUAUAAUGCUUGAGGAAUACGGGUUUGAGGCAUCGAGAGCCCAAUUCGAGCGUCAAGUACGCAAAUGGAAGUUGGGGAAAACCCACACUAAAGAAGAAUGGAAUGCCAUCUCUGCAAUUGUCACUUCCCGUGAAAUAGGCGAGGGGAGUCGUGUCCUCUUCAAGGGAAAGUCGAUACCCCAAUUAAAGGCACAACGAGCUGUCCGACGCCAUGGUUUUGUCUCCGUGAUUGAACGACUCACUCGAGUUGAGGCCCCGCCCAUUCCUCCAGGCUUUAUUAUUCGAGCACCGACCCCAGAGCGCUUAAUACAACAAUGCAAGGAAUGGUGCUUGGAUCUACCUUUCACUGAGUUCGUGAAAUUCCUUAUGCGAGAAGAUGUCUAUAAUAGGUUGGUUCUUCGAGCAGGAACAUUUGUGAACCCGCAGCUUUUGACUGCGUCGGAUAAUUCUGGCCUAGAUAUUAACCAUGAUUCGUCCUCUGCUGAAAGCCAAAGCCUCCAAAUCACUCACCGGAAAGCGAUCACACAAAAUUUCAGUGCCUUCAUCCCCACGUCGAUGCUACAACUAGAUUCGAACAAAACAAAAGGCGAUUACAAUCUAGCGUAUUAUUCGAUGCUAGCAUUUAUGCUUACCAAUGGCAUGGUGAAAUUGGAAGGGGAGGAAGAGAGUGAAAGUAUCUGGAGCUAUCUUGACGAAACCUCAGCUCAAUUACUAAUCCACUUUAUUCUGUCAACAAAUGGGUGGGCAUCCAAAGAACUUUCUCAAAAGCUCUUCGACAGCGCCAUCCUAUACGGGCGUGCUGAUGCGGUCGGAUCUAUGAUUACCCACCCAUCCUUUGAUAUUGACAUAAACAAACAUGUCUGUACUCACCAACUGCGACAUUUUACCCCGGUGGAGUUUUCUUCGUCAUUGGGACACUACGCGGUUACUUUUAUUCUUAUUCAGAGUGGCGCGGACAUCAACAAGAGUUAUUGUCGUUCUUAUCCUAAGCCUGGGUAUCCGUACCGGCGUGGAGCAUUGUUGUGCGCUCUCUUAAGUCCUGGGGAUCCGCCAAGUGACCUUGUAGACCUCUUACUUGAUCACGAGGCAAACGUCGGCGAAACCACGAUUAAUGCCGCCUUUGGAAUCAAUGGCCUGGGAUCUGACCAACUAUUAUCUUCAGAAAGGUCACAUCUAGUGGUAAAGCUCUUCCGUAAGAGCACCCACCUCCACCACCAAUUUUUUCAUCUUGGUCUUUUCCACCAUGCAAUAUCAAUCGUGACUGGGGAAGUUAUCGAGGAAAUUUUCGACAUGGUAUACCGCAUCAAUAACGACGUCGAUGCUAUUGAUGAGUUCAAGCCUAAGUAUUUGGAGAAUAUAGAAUAUUCUGGACCUACCAUUAGAACCACGAUGAGGAUAAUGGACAGCCUGGCAAAGCGUGGAUACACAGAGCUUGUACGGAAGCUCCAUACUUCUGGGUGCGAAACAACGGACUACACCCUCAUCUACGCCAUGCGGAGUCAGGAAGUGCGACUGGUUCAGUAUCUUCUUGAAGUCGGAGCUCAAGUGGAUGUUUCUAUCGAAUCGGAUAUCACAGAAAAGAAGACGGCAUCUCCCGGUCACAAAAUAGUUUCUACGACGCACGUCCUUACACCGUAUUCCGAGGCUAUCAGGAUUGGGAACGCGGAGCUUUGUGCACAGUUAAUGCCUAAGACAGCAUUACAAAAUGGCGACAUAUUUCAAUUAGCUGCUGCCUUGGAUGCUUUUGUUGAGACUGAAAAUUUCCAAAUACAGCGUCAAUUAUUGCACUCCAUCAAAAGUACGGUCAUCAUACAACACUACAACUCAAGUGGGCUAUACCAUCUCGAUGAAGCAAUAUAUUACUGCCUUAUUAAAGCGAUAUGCCAGCACAACGACAUUGCUCAAGUAGCUUUUGACGCGUGGUUCGAGUUACUUCCUACAAAUUUGGAGUUUGAUACACAUAUCAUAGCAUCGAGAAAUAUGGCGGCGUUCGCAUUCCAUCUUUCCCUAGCCAAGCGAAACCAACAUAUUACUCAUCUCUUUCUUCAAUUAGACAUGCAAUUUCUUAGCUUUCCGGAAGGUGAACAUCGAGGAUAUACAUAUCGCGGCUACCAUGUUGAUGAAAGGGAUGCUUGGUGCUUGGCGGUUCAAUGGGGCGAUAAAUCUAUACUCGAAGGAUUAUCCCUUUUAGCGCCCAAUAACACAGCAUACUAUCAUUCUAGAUAUGAGCUUCUAGAUAUUGCCAUUGCCAAAGGGGAUGUAGUUCUGAUAGAACAACUACUCGGACUAGGAGUUUCUGCCUCGGGUGUCGAUCUGGCUGCAGCUGUUCGUACUGGCAAUAUUGAAAUCGUGAGAUUUCUACUUGAGGAAGGAACUGUGAAGACCCAACAAGCGCUUGCAGAAGCCAUCGACAAGGGUCCUGAUAUGGUAGAUCUUCUACUCAGCGCGUCGGUUCAAAGAAAGCCCCGACUACGAUCAAACCCUUUCCCCGCCUACUCGGAAGUACAAAUUUCUUCCAAUCCCUUAUGCCGAGCUAUUCGACGGAAUGACUUGCCCCUCCUCAAAAGACUCAUACAGCAUGGAGUUGAAAUUGACAGCCCAUCCAUCUUAGAAGCAGCCAGUCUUAAUCAUGAAAUGCUAGAUUUGCUACUGAAAGAGAUUAGUGAGAAAUUCAGCAAGGGCCGAUGGAGCGCCGGCACACCGGCCCUAUGCGAAUUCAUCAUUCGAAACGAUGUUGAUCUCGUCGGAAAACUAUUAGCACAUCAUGUUAGUUUAGACAACUUCGUGUCCUUCGAACUAAGAGAUGAUGCUUACCCUCAUAAACCCUCGAUGAAAGAGUACCAGCUUCCACUCUGUGUUGCUAUUGACAAAGACACAACCUAUAACCAGCAGAUUAUCCGAGCAAUUCUUGACUCUGGGGCAUCGAAACAGCUGAAUGAUGUGGUGUACGAUUCAUCUUGGGGAGGCGAAAUACCUAAAUGCCAAGAGACAGCACUUUUGAGAGCUGUUAGGCGGCAGGAUUUGGCGAUCAUCGACUUACUCGUCAAGAAUGGAGCAGACAUUAACUUGUUUGUUGCUCCAAGAUUCAGACGGUCCCCAUUACAAAUGGCAGCCGAGCUUGGUGCUUUCGAAGUUGUCCGAUUCCUAUUAAAUCGGGGGGCAGAUGUCAACGCCGGUCCUGCUCAGUAUGCUGGAGGUACAGCACUCCAACUUGCUGCGAUCGGAGGCUAUGUCGGUAUUGUGGAGCUUCUGUUGAAAAAAGGUGCAGACAUCAACGCUAAAGGUGCUAGAAUGGAAGGCAGAACUGCUCUGGAAGGAGCUGCAGAACAUGGUCGUUUAGAUACCGUCGCGCUGUUACUGAAGGCUGGCGUCCAGACUACAGAAAACGGCAGGCGCCAAUAUGAAAAAGCCGUGAUUUUUGCUGAGGACAAAGGCCAUUCUACCGUGGUAGCUCUUUUAAAGUCUCAUGGCACGGGUUCUCAUAUUGGCACUCCCUUGGAUCCUCAGGCUGAAAAUGAUGAGAACCAAGACCAGACUGAUUUGUUCAUGAGAGAGGUUAUGAACAUGAGCCCAACGCCUUCAACAUGGGAAUUGAACUAG